UUCAUUUCUGUUAGUUCCUUGUAGGCGGAGACGCGAGUGAAUCUCCUCCAUCUUCGUCUUCUUUCCAAGCCUUUUCGUCCUUCUGGUUUCUUCAGAAAUGGAAAGUGGUCAAAACCCAGAUUGGGAAACCGAGUUCAACCGCUUCGAACAAGCGAUCUCGUCCUCUCCCGCUCCGAUUCGCGUAAGAUCCGUUAUAAAGCUAUCAGCUUUAGCUAAUCAAUCACCGGAGAGUAUCCUAACCCGCGCAAUCCCGAUCCUCGCCGGUCUUCUCCGCGUCUCCGAUGACCCCGAUCGCUCCGUCCAAGCCGCCGCCGCGCAUUGCUUGAAACGAAUCGCCUGUCUCGGCGGCGAGUUCGCGGCGACGAUGGGGAGGUGCGGCGUGAUCGCUAGCUUGUUAGGGCUCUUACUCGAGGCGGCCAAUGAUAACGGUAUCGUGCUCCGAAGGAUCUGGGUGAAGUGUUUGUGGAGUUUAGUUACCUUCGGAUCUUCGAUUCGAAUCGGGUUAGCUAGGUUAGGCGGUGUAGAGAUCGUGACACGUGAGUUGAACACGUGGGAAGAUGAUUCGAGUAGAUGGUGCCUGUUAGAGAUUCUUACUGCUCUGACGACGAUACGAGAGAGCAGACGCGUUCUUGUUCAUAACGGAGGGUUGAAGUUUCUUGUCGAGGCUGCUAAAGUUGGCAACUUUGCGUCGAGAGAGAGAGCUUGUCACGCUAUUGGAUUGAUCGGUGUUACUAGACGGUGUAGGAGGUUGCUUGUUGAAGCAGGAGUGGUUCCAGCUCUUGUGGAUCUGUUUCGAGAUGGAGAUGAGAAGGGAAAGCUUUUAGCUGGUAAUGCCUUGGGGAUCAUAGCGGCUCAGUCCGAGUACAUUAGGCCUGUUACUGAAGCUGGUUCCAUUCCUUUGUAUGUGGAGCUUCUCUCGGGAGGAGAUCCGAUGGGGAAAGAUAUUGCAGAGGAUGUGUUCUGUAUACUAGCUGUAGCUGAGGGCAAUGCUGUUUUGAUAGCGGAGCAGCUUGUGAGGAUCUUGAGAGAAGGAGAUAACGAAUCCAAGUUUGCUGCUUCUGAUGUGUUGUGGGAUCUCGCGGGUUAUAGGCAUUCUGUGUCUGUUAUUAGAGACUCUGGUGCGAUUCCUUUGCUGGUGGGGCUUGUGAGAGAUGGGUCUCUUGAGUUUAGGGAGAGGAUCUCUGGAGCUAUUUCUCAGCUGUGUUACAACGAGAACGACCGUGAGGUCUUUUCUGAGUCUGGUGUGAUACCGAUUCUGAUUGAGUGGUUGGGGGAUGAGUCGGAAGAGCUUAGGGAUAAUGCGGCCGAGGCGCUGAUUAAUUUCUCAGAAGACCGAGAGCAUUAUGGUAGAGUGCGUGAGGCUCUAAGCCAUCCCGUGAUUCGGAGUAUGCAGAGCAGACUUGCUAGAAUCAGAGCCUCUCAUGAACAUUUGGUUAGGUCAAUGCGAAGGGUUACAAUCGAACAUCUUGCCCGAGAUCCAUAUCUUCCCUAACGAACAGAUCCAGUGGUUGGACCAUAAGAAUCAUAGACUACUUCAUAUAUAUCAGAGUGUGGCUGUUCAUAGCAAUUGGUGGAGCACUGAGCUAGGC